CGAACAGCCCAGGCCCCAUGAGCGGCGGCGCUGACUCCCGCCCGGCGCUGCGGUGGCGACGUCGGGCCGCCUCUGCAUGGCCCCGGCUGUGGAUAUGACCGCCGCGCCCACCGGGAUCCGCAGCGACGAGCUGCCCGCAUCCGCCUUCAGCAAGCCCGGUGGCGGCCUCCCCGUCGUGGCGGCGAUGGGCGGGGAGGAGGAGAGCGACAAGCCCAAGGUUUCCCCGUCCCUCUUGCCGUUCAGCGUGGAGGCGCUCAUGGCCGACCACAGGAAGCCGGGCGCCAGGGAGGGCCCCGAGGGCGCCGGGCCCCCUCCGGGCUCCGGGGCGGCCGCCCGCGCCAGCCUCAGCCCCCGCCUGGGCGCGCUGACGGCGGAGGCGCCCGCGUCCCCGCUGCCCCUCGGCGGGCACUUCUCCGUCGGAGGGCUCGUCAAGCUGCCCGAAGACACGCUCGUGAAGGCGGAAAGCCCCGAGAAGCAGGAGCGGAGCCCCUGGAUGCAAAGCCCGCGGUUCUCACCGCCUCCCCCGAGACGGCUGAGCCCCCCAGCCUGCACCCUGCGCAAGCACAAGACGAACAGGAAGCCUCGGACGCCCUUCACCACGGCUCAGCUGCUGGCCCUCGAGAGGAAGUUUCGUCAGAAGCAGUACCUGUCCAUCGCUGAGCGCGCAGAGUUCUCCAGCUCGCUCAGCCUCACCGAGACCCAGGUGAAGAUCUGGUUCCAGAACCGCCGCGCCAAGGCCAAGCGACUCCAGGAGGCCGAGCUGGAGAAGCUGAAGAUGGCAGCCAAGCCCAUGCUCCCGCCUGCUGCUUUUGGCAUCUCCUUCCCGCUGGGCGGCCCGGCUGUGGCGGGUGCCUCUCUGUACGGUGCCUCCAGCCCUUUCCAGCGGGCAGGGCUGCCUGUAGCUCCUGUGGGACUGUACACAGCACACGUGGGAUACAGCAUGUACCACCUCACAUAGAGCUGAGCUCCACGGAGCCCAGCCUGACAGCUGUCUGCUCCUGCCGGCUCUGCACGCACUCCCUCCCUGAUCCUCUGGCUGCUCGCUGUGGACUUUCUCCCAUGGGCCCUGUGACAGAGACUUCUCCAGUCUGGCUCUGCUCAGCCACUGCUUACUCUUCUCAGCAGUCCUGUUUGGUUCUCCAGCUGGCAGACCUGCCCCAGCUCCUUCCUGGCACUGUCCCUCUUUCCCAGGUCCGGCUGGCAGCCUAGGACAGCUCCCUGCCAUGGGGGAAAGAACUGUGGAAGAGAAAUGGCGAAGAGGGGGCUGCAAGAUGUGAUGUUUCUCUUCCUUUCUGGAAGCGGAGGUCAAGAAGCAAAAGUGUAGGGCAGCCUUUCCUGUCCAUGUGUAGCAGCACUGUCUGUUACCUGUGUUUAUUCCUCCACCAGCUCCUUUGGAGAAGGGGCUUUGUGUACUAUGUAAUAUACUGUAUAUUUGAAAUUUUAUUAUCAUUUAUAUUAUAGCUAUAUUUGUUAAAUAAAUUAAUUUUAAGCUAC